AUUCUGGGUAGAAUAACGUGUAUCAUAUUCUCCUCCCGUCUCUCGUCACCACUCGUUACUUCACGGCAUUGCGCGACAUUAUGAGAUUUGCAAUAAAUGAAAGAUCGACCACACCGAAGGGAACACGCAAGGCGUAAUAAGCAGUUUUCCGAGCGUUGAAAGGUGGGCGAUUCGCUAUACUGCGUUAGCAUCGAGUGAUAUUCGAGUAUUCGAAUAUACGAAAAGCCGUAUCUAACUCGUACGGGCAUCUAAAAUCCCGAGGUUAUUUGACAAUCUCGAAGUUUCUGCGUACGUCUGCGACGCGAACAUACAGACAACAAUGAUCGACCUAACAGUCAAGACCUUGGAUUCGCAAAAUCAUGUCUUCUCCCUGGAAGACGACCAAAUCACAGUCCGUGGCUUUAAAGAACACAUAGCAGAAUCUGUAGCGGUACCAGCUGAUUCACAGAGGUUGAUUUAUUGCGGUCGAGUACUUCAAGAUGAAAAGAAAUUAAAUGAUUAUGACGUUAAUGGAAAAGUAAUUCACUUGGUGCAACGCGCUCCACCUCAAUCAGGACAACACAGUAAUGAUGGCGGACAAACGCAAGGUCAGGGCAACCGACAGGGCUGGCAAAGCUCGCAGAGACCACACUAUCGUGUCACGCGCACUCAAAUGCAUGGAAAUGCAAUGUAUUUGGGUGCGAUGUCGGUACCGGCGGAAAUCGUGGAGGGACAUGGGAUACCACAAUUGAGCAACAGCCUGUCUGGUAGUCGUCUUACGCAUGCUGGUCGUAUGCUUGAUCGUAUAAAUGAGCUGAUUGAUCGAUUAGAUGAUCCCAGUGCUCCUCCUUUGCAUCCUACUGCGUCAGAACUCAAUCAGCCAACUGCACAGCAACAACAACAACAACAACCGCAUGAACCAGAAGUAGAGCAAAACGAGACUAAUGACGCUUCAAGAGAUGAUAGUGGUGUUAGACUCGCGGAAGCAGCCGCAGCUGCCAUUACAGCUGCAUUAUCUGCUGCUGGUGCACGUGCAGUUACGUUGUUCCGAGGAGGCAAUUACAACAGCACAAAUGCGAGACCUACAAGCGAUACGAAUGAAAAUCAAGGUGACGUACAGUCUCAGUCGCAAUCGCAAUCGCAAUCGCAAUCGCAAUCGCAAUCGCAGUCACAGUCGCAGUCACAGUCACAGUCACAGUCACAGUCACAGUCACAGCCGCAACCACAGCCGCAGACUCAACCGCAACCGCAACCGCAACUACAACAACAACCGCAACCGCAACUACAACAACAACCGCAACAGCAACAGCAACAAAAUCAAGGACAAGGACAAGAAACUGACACGGGAGCUACAUCGAGCAAUGCUGGACAAAGCAGGAGGACUCAACAGCAAGAUCUACCACGACCUCCACAGAUGGCAGAAUUAUUGCAGAGAUUAUACAAUACUCAAGAGCGACUAAGACCGUAUUUAGAACGUUAUUGCGUGCUUAUGCUACUCGAUCCUUCAUUACCACCUGGACCUGGACCAAACACCGUGGAAGAGAGUCAGAGAUUAGUAGACGGAGUCGGCGAAAUUCUACACCUUAUGUCUCACAGUUGCCAUGCGCUGAGCGACAUUAUUAUCGAUAUGAGCCAACCACCACCGAGAAACUUACGCUGCCGCCCGAUAAUAGUACAGCAUUCGGCCAUUUUACAGCCUGGUAUUCCGAUCCAGGUGGAGGCACAUAUUAGUCUGAAUGGUCGCACCGCUAAUAAUAAUAACAGUAACGAAGAGACGGCCGAGUCCGGUAAUCAACAGGCACAGUCGGAAAAUGCAGAAUCAACGAUUCCAUCGCGUGUUAAUGCAGAGGAAGGUAAUCAAGAACGAGAAUCCGAUGGUACAACGCAGUCGCAGGCGGAGAGGCCGCAACAAGAGCAAGGCCAGUCGCCCUUCGGUACAGUAUUCAACUUGCCGAACAACGUCGAAGUGCUGAUGGAAGUGAGCUCCGAGAGCAAUAUAGAAGGUGGAUCAGGUAAUGAACAGAAUGCAACAGGCAAUGAGAACAACAACAAUGCUAACGCCCGCAGGACAAAUAUAUUUCCGUUCGGCGCAGCUCCGCCGCCCUAUUUCAUGCGAAACUUCAUGCAGGCCGUUGCGGGACACAUGGUGCACGGCGGUAUUACCACUACGACCAUAAGUUCCAGAAAUCAACCUGUUGUUACUACCAUAGCAGGAGGGCAACAAGGUGGUCCUGCAACAGUUGACAGUGGAAGCACGAAUGCCGGUCAAAGUACUCAAGCACGGAGUAAUACCGGUACUCAUCCUACCACUGCUACUCAAACUCGAAGUACAUCGCGACCGCACGUGUUCCAUCACCAUGCACAUCCAGUUGGUCUUGGCAUGAGCAUCGGAUUGGGCCUCGACUUUGAUCCAUAUCUCCCAUGCAACUCGCAUCAUGUUUAUCGCACUCCGACGAGCGCUACAUCUAACACUGCAACCGGAGUGACGACUUCUUCGCAAACGACGCGUACGGCUUCAACAGUUACAACAGACGCUCAGAAUCAAACAAAUCAAACUGCAACAACUUCGACUACAACUACUGGUGCCACUUCUACGAACGCAACAUCGGCGACGAGCACGGAAACAGCUAAUAAUCCUUUCGUGAACUUAUUGCAACAGAUAUUAAGCCAGUCGGCAAGCGGUCAAUCGCAGCCUAAUAUCAGCAUCAGCAGUAAUGCUCCAAACUUGGGCGAAAAUCUGGGGAGUAUUAUGCAGAUGCUCGGCAACAAUAUACAUGUAGGAUUCGUAAGUGACAGUAUCGGAAGUACUCUUACUUUAGCGGAUUUAUUCGAGGGUGGAGGUCUAUCUAUGGAUCUUUUCACAUCGCAGGAAUCCGGCAGAGAGGAUAACUUCCUUGUCGAUCUUUUUGUACUACUGGCUCAAACUAUGACUCUGGAUGGAUUAAUUAGAUUACGUCUCGGUCAAUGGGAACCGAUUGUUCGUCUUCGAAGACCACUGCAGGAAUUUUUACAAUAUACAUUUUCGACUGCCUCAUCGCCGAGCGCCCUGCAAGAACAAACGAUCGAACGCUUGCUUUCUCAGCUGCGACCUCAUAUCCAAAAUCUUUUGGCGUCUGAAGAAAACGUCAGUGGCAGGAGCGCAUCUCGUGUUGACAUUUGUGCAACUGUCGAAUCGUUGAUCGCUCGUCAUGCAAGAGAUAUACUUAGGAUUUUGUUUGAUAAUGGAGUUGACGAUGCGAGAUUCGCGCAGGAGAUUCUGAACAUCCUGAUUAAUUUGUGCAAGCAAUUCUGCACGGUGCUUCGGUAUUCGCUGCGAGGCGGUCAAGCUGGGAUCGAAGCGAUAGCAACACGUUUUGUGGGUGACUUGAUGGACGGCGGCAAUCCCGCUCUUCGCCAAUGGAUAUUGAAUGGAUUCAUCGCUCAUCUCCGUACUUACUUUUUGCGCGUGCCGCAACCUCCGGAUUCAGAAAUCAUACCACUUUUGGUGUACAAGAAUAUAUUGUCCCAGCAGUCAUCGGUUUCUUCGGUUUCGACGCGAUCUGCACAAACACAAUCGGAAGACGAGCCGAUGGAAACCGAAUCUCUGGAGCAGCAACCGACGCGCGAAAGCUCCCUAUCUGAGGAUCGCGACAUUCCGGAAACAUUCCCCGGACAUGAAGCUUUACCUUCGGAUUGGGUGCCGAUCAUCGCUCGUGAUGGCGUGAGACAGCGUCGACAGUUGCAGAUGCAAAGUGUGACACCAAACGUGACGACGUUUAGUGAUGCAUAUUUGGGUGGAUUGCCGAGCAAACGUCGCAAGUUGAUCGAGCAACAGAAACCGCGGCUUUUAGUUAGUCCCACUCCAAAUCAUCAUUCGACAAUAGCGGCGUCCAUGGAACGGCUAGUUAGAGAAGGCGUCGGCCGUGCCGGCGUUGAAGAGGUCGAAGGCGCUGCCGUGGCCGUCGCGGCGGACCCGGCGGUUCGACGCGCAUUCGGUCAAGCUAUUAGAGACUGCUUAAAUCCAUGUCGAUAUGGCACGCCGGACUUUCCAGACCCGCUACGCUUCCCGAACGCGACCAAGUAUUUCGCGGAUCAGGAACGUCCGCCGAAAUAAUAGCUAGCAGUAAGGUAAAAUCGUAAAAUAAAACAUCGUACUUUGAGCAUCAGGAGAUAUGCUAAUUUGACGAUGAAUAGACAGUCCGAAAGAAUCGACACACAAAACAAACAAUCCGAUUCCGUAAACAUUUUAAUUCCGUAAAAAAAAAAAGAAGAAAAUCACAAUCACAAUUUUCUCAAUGUAUAAGUAUCUCCAAUGAAUCUAACAGCUAAUCAGCAUGACAGGUGCAUCUAUGUAUUAUCUGUAUGCUCAUAUCAAUAUCCGCUUUUAUAGAAUUACUAUUAUUAAUCUUCGGGUUAAGUUGAUUGUAAACUGAUUAAUUCACAUUUAGAACAUACCUUAAAUCAAACUUUCCGUCAAGUCUUUGUUAAGGGAAAGUUGAUAACAAUUUCGUAAAGGAAUACGAACACCUGUAUAUAUAUAUAGAUGUAAAAAUUAUUAACUGUGCACUCCUUUAUUUAUGAUUUUUGCACUUGUGCAUUAGCUCCCAAUUCCGCUGACCCGGCAAGAUAGUUUUUCACUCUAUUAUUUUUUUUAUCGUUAGAUUGACUACUCCGAAUCCUGUAGUAAUGGUAAAUUUGGAGUGGCUGCAAUAAGGAAAAUAGGUCGAAAUUGUUAAUCAUAUAUUGCAAAUCUCUCACAAAAAAAUCUUGUCGGAUGUUUUGUGUAGAUAAUUAACUUUUCGACGUCUCUGAAGACCCGGGAAACAUUUCUGAAGUGGAAUCUUUCUACGACGUGUGUAUAUCUUACGAAUUACACGCUAAGACAAAUCGAUGUGUAUGACGCGCGGCUAUGGUAAUACGUAUACUAUAUGUGAAGUAAGUUUAAUUGUUCCAAUAACCAAGCAGUUGUAAGGAGAGAAAAUGAAAAUACAAUAAAGUUGUGUAUCCCUUUU